AUAAAAGAAACAUAAGCAAAGAAGACAUACACAAAAGAAACUUUGAUGAAAUGGAAGCUAACAAGCUUAGAUUGCUCUGUUUUUGUGUAUUUUAUCUUGCUUUAUUCCCUACCCUUAGGGCUAGUAUAGCUCACGACGCCCAAUUUUGGCAAACACGAGCCCGUGAAGCUAAACAGGCUGCACAAAAAGCUUAUAAACCAAACCCUCAUGAUAUAGCUCUUACUUUCAAUAAGCAUGUCGACAAGAGUUUUAAAAGUUCCAAUGGAACAAGGAGGGGUUUGUCCAAAUACACUGGUCCAUGCUUAGCCACAAAUCCAAUUGAUAAAUGUUGGAGAUGUGAUCCAAAUUGGGAAAAGAAUCGCAAGAAGCUAGCAAAUUGUGCUCUUGGUUUUGGUCACGGCACAACAGGAGGCAAAAAUGGAAAAAUCUAUGUUGUCACCGAUUCAUCAGACCAUGAUCUUAUCAACCCAAAACCAGGAACAUUGCGACAUGCUGUCAUUCAAAACGAGCCAUUAUGGAUCAUUUUUAAACAUAGCAUGAAUAUCAAAUUGAGUUCAGAGCUUAUAUUCACCGAUAACAAGACGAUAGACGCACGUGGUGCAAAUGUUCAUAUUAGUAAUGGUGCUCAAAUGACAUUGCAAUAUGUGAAAAAUAUUAUCAUUCAUGGAUUACAUAUCCAUGAUAUCAAAAAAGGUGGUGGUGGCCUCAUUAGAGACUCCGUGAAUCACUAUGGUUAUCGUUCGAGUAGCGAUGGUGAUGCAAUUUCAUUGUUUGGAUCUAGUCAUGUUUGGAUAGAUCAUAUUUCACUAUGGAAUUGUGACGAUGGUUUGAUUGAUGUCGUAGAAGGAUCAACAGCUAUUACCAUUUCUAACUGCCAUAUGACACGUCAUAAUGAUGUUAUGUUAUUUGGAGCAAGUGAUGGAUAUUCAGGAGAUAAAGUGUUGCAAGUAACUGUGGCAUUCAACCAUUUUGGAAAAGGAUUGAUACAAAGGAUGCCAAGGUGUAGAUGGGGUUUCUUUCAUAUUGUUAACAAUGAUUACACUCAAUGGGUUAUGUAUGCCAUUGGUGGUAGCCAACAACCCACAAUCCUCAGUCAGGGUAAUCGAUUUAUUGCUCCAAAUAAUCCAAAUGCAAAAGAGGUGACAAAGAGGGACUAUGCAGCUGAAAGUGUAUGGAAGACAUGGAGUUGGACAUCAGAGAAUGACUUGAUGAGGAAUGGAGCCUUCUUUGUUCAAUCUGGAAAAAAGAGUGGAAAUUUUCCAAAGACAGAUAUCAAGGCAAAACCUGGGAGUUAUGCAGCAAGUCUUACACGCUUUUCAGGUGCUAUUAAAUGUGUAGUAAAUAAGCCAUGUUGACCUUAAUUAGUUCUUGUAAUUAUGUUCUGUUUAUCUUUUUCUUUAUUUUCCUUCAUUUACCUUCUAUCAUAAUUUGAAAGAUCGGAGACAAGAAUAGAGCAAUGAGAUGUAAAUAUACUAGUUAUACAACAUGUAAAUACACUAGUUCGUUUAAUGAUACAUUUAAUUAUAAUUUUUUA